AUGAAUAAAUCUCUAAUAUACACACACGGAAUAAUACUAAUAAUAAUCAAAUGUGUUUAUUGUUCUGAUAAUCAAGGUAACACGCAUGGAACCACUGAAAGUGAUAGUGAAGAUGAAGGUGAUAAUUUUGAAGUAACACAAACGACUGGACAGCCAGUAGAUGUUCAAAGCGUACCAAUACAGCCUCACCCUCAAGCCUAUCCACCACCUGUUACUUAUACGGAAUAUCCUUAUCACUCAUAUCAACAUCCUACACCUCAAUACCCUUAUCCUACAGUUUUACAACCUUUAGAACAAAUUUAUCAACCACAUGGACCACCGGUAUAUAUUCCACCAAGUCAACCUACAUAUUAUGGACCACCGUAUCAACAGUACUAUCCUGGAUAUUCUCCAUAUCCACAAGUAUUGUCACAACCUCAAUCCCAACAGUAUGGUUCGUAUCAGUCAUUCGUUCCUCAAUUUCAAGCUCAACCAAUACCACAAUUUUUACCAAUACAACAAGUACAGUACUACGUACCUCAGCAAUACCAUCCAGGAAUUCAAUAUCGACCACCUCUUAUUUCACAACAUCCUAUACCUAUAACACACCCAUAUGGACCUGGGCAAUUUCAGCCACAAACUACUGAACCACAACCAAGUGAAACGUUAGCUCCUGAAACCGUUCAAAUAGAAGUAGGAUCAGAGGAUGAAAUUGAAGGGGAUGGUAAAGGAAUUGAGAAAGAAGGAGAGCCUGAUAAAGGUGUACGUGUUAAGCCAAUACAAACAUGUAAAAAAAUCACUUUUAUGAAGAAAAAUCAGGUUGGGGAAAUAAUAAAGAUGAGUACAAACGAUUUCAAGAAGGUAAUUAGUGAUGAAAACAAAGUGAGAUAUACAUUUUUUUCAAAUCUUGAACAAUUACUUUGUGACGGUGAGGUUAUUUUUGAAAAUAAACCUGAAAACAAACAUUGUAGAUUACUAAUACAUCAUAAAAAAAUUAGUAGAUUUGUUCUUAUAUCAGAAGAAGGAUAUUAUCUAGUUGAUCCUGGCAAUUAUGGCUGGAGAGUAAAAUCAGAAAAGGUAAUAAAAUAUCUGAAACUUUACACCAAAGAUUCUGUGGGUAAUAACUUACUACUGACAAAACAGUAUUAUGAGGCUAAAAUUAAUGAUCAUCCUUCAACUAGAGUUAGAUUUAAAUCAUAUGCGAGGUGUACUAGAGUUGAAUUUAAAGGUUUAGUAGUUUGGGAAAAAACUGAAAAUGAUGGUUAUCCUUUGCUUUUGAUUAUUACUGGGAAAUUGGAUUUUCAAUUAUGUUUCGAUGGUUACAAUAAAAUUUAUAGAAAACGGAGUGGAAAGUAUAAAAAAUAUAUCCCUUAAUAAAAUAAUUAAGAUAAUAAAGAUUGCUAAAUUUAAACUUAUAUACCUAAA